CUCCUCUGCUCUGUCCCCUGUUGCCGCCGCCGGAGGCACGGUUCCCUCCCCGCCGUAGAAGAUGCCGUCGUGGAAGGAUGGAGAGGAGAGCAGCGACGAGGAGGAGCUGGUCGGCAUGGAUCUGGAGCAGCACUGGGCGAACCCUGACACCACUAUAGAUCCAUCCUUCUGUGGUAGAGCUGCAGAUGCAAGCAUCACAUGUAGACUGCACUUGGCCCCAUGCAUGAAAUAUGUUGCAUUUGAAGGAAAGGACACUGGGAGGAGGUUCUAUGGAUGUGUUGUUCCUCAGGUCAGUGUUAUCAAACUAGGGUUUGUGUUGGUGGUAGUUAGUUUGCAGAUGUUUGGAAUUGCUGUCAGUAAAUUCAGUUAAUGAAACAUGAUUUGGACUGUCUGCAGA